UGCACUCCGGCAUGAGUGACGGAAUGUCUUUAAAAAAAAAAAAAGGCUAAAACAGUAAUCUAUGUCACAUGCAUUUUACCACACGCAAAGGAGCGCAGCGUGGAAGGGCUUUCUCGCGCCGUCGUCUCACAGGUGCAGUUUUCACACUGUGAUUGUUUACCUUUCGUUCAAUGUUUUAGAGUAGCGUUCGCGUUUUCUGUUUUUAGAAAUAGAUGCAAGGGAAGCCAGAACUCACUAAAGUAGGCCUCUGUGACCUCUCUGGACACCGUGCCACCCCAGGCGGAACGGUCAGCCUGAUGUGUGUGGGCAAAGGUCACACUUUGUGCCCAGAACAGGAGCCUUUGGCGACGGCAGCCGCCUGUCCUCCAGCGAGUCUCGGAAAGCAGGUCUUACCCGUUUCCUUAAUGUCUGGGCGAACCCAGCGGCCGCCCGUCAUGGAGACCGAGUCCCCGGACUCCUGGCUCCUUUGGACCCAGCAGUGUCCAGUUUUGACGCCGUGACACCUUCCGUUUGGUCCUCGCCUCUCCCGCGUGCACGUGCCUGUUCCCCACCAGCGACUCUGCUCCGGGGCGACCUGCCUGAAACGCAGCUUUCAAGCUCACGGUUUUAUGAAGUUCGGGGCUGGCUUCAGAAUUCCAGCCCGGGCACGCGGACGGGGACGUGUGUGUUUUCCUUGCAGCACACGGCUGGCCUCAGGCCUCAGAACUGGCCGGCUCCUUCUCAGAGGCCCCCCGGCCCCCAGCACAGAGCUGCUUUCAGCAGACAGGCUCAAAGCCUUUCUGGGAACUGUGUCUCUGGCCUCUCGUCAGUCAGAACUGUGUGACCCACGCCAGUAAUGUCACAAGCUCCGUGAAGGGACGCUAACUCGAGUUCGUGAUGACUUCUCAGCAUAGUCACUUGUCUUAAUUGGUAGCUUUCUAAUACUCAUGGAAAGAUUAAAGCAAAAAACAUGUUUUGUACAGUGUGAGCCUUCAACACACGCAUUGAAAAUGUGUUUUUCCUCCUGCAGAGUGCGAGAUGGCACACGGGUUAGCGGGAGGCCCUCGGAGAGGGGGCUGGAGGAUUUAGCGCCCCUUCGCUCCCCUCCUGGCGGCCCGGGGCCUCCCCUGGGCACGGCGGGCACCAUGGACUCGCCGGGGUACAACUGCUUCGUGGACAGAGACAAGAUGGACGCUGCCAUCCAGGACCUGGGGCCCAAGGAGCUGAGCUGCACGGAGCUGCAGGAGCUGAAGCAGCUGGCGCGCCAGGGCUACUGGGCCCGCAGCCACGCCCUGCGGGGGAAGGUGUACCAGCGCCUGAUCCGGGACAUCCCCUGCCGCACGGUCACGCCGGACGCCAGCGUGUACAGCGACAUCGUGGGCAAGAUCGUGGGCAAGCACAGCACCAGCAGCCUGCCCCUGCCCGAGUUCGUGGACAACACGCAAGUGCCCAGCUACUGCCUGAACGCGCGCGGCGAGGGGGCUGUGCGCAAGAUCCUCCUGUGCAUCGCCAACCAGUUCCCCGACGUGUCCUUCUGCCCCGCGCUGCCGGCCGUGGUGGCCCUGCUGCUGCACUACAGCAUCGACGAGGCCGAGUGCUUCGAGAAGGCCUGCCGCAUCCUGGCCUGCAACGACCCCGGCCGCAAGCUGAUUGACCAGAGUUUCCUGGCCUUUGAGUCUUCCUGCAUGACGUUUGGGGACCUGGUGAACAAGUACUGCCAGGCGGCCCACAAGCUGAUGGUGGCCGUGUCGGAGGACGUCCUGCAGGUCUACGCGGACUGGCAGCGCUGGCUGUUCGGGGAGCUGCCCCUCAGCCACUUUGCCCGCGUCUUCGACGUCUUCCUGGUGGAGGGGUACAAGGUGCUGUACCGCGUCGCCCUGGCGAUUCUCAAGUUCUUCCACAAGGUGAGAGCGGGGCAGCCGCUCGAGUCCGACAACGUGAAGCAGGACAUCCGCGAGUUCGUGAAGGACAUCGCCAAGACCGUGUCCCCCGAGAAGCUGCUGGAGAAAGCGUUCGCCAUCCGCCUGUUCUCGCGCAAGGAGAUCCAGCUGCUGCAGAUGGCCAACGAGAAGGCCCUGAAGCAGAAGGGCAUCACCGUCAAGCAGAAGAGUGUCUCACUUUCUAAAAGGCAGUUCGUGCACUUGGCCGUCCACGCAGAGAACUUCCGCUCGGAGAUCGUCAGUGUCAAGGAGAUGAGAGACAUCUGGUCCUGGGUCCCCGAGCGCUUCGCCCUCUGCCAGCCCCUCCUGCUGUUCUCCUCGCUGCAGCAUGGCUACAGCCUGACACGGUUCUACUUCCAGUGCGAAGGACACGAGCCUACCCUCCUGCUCAUCAAGACCACACAGAAGGAGGUGUGUGGAGCAUACCUGUCAACAGACUGGAGCGAGAGACAAAAGUUUGGCGGCAAGCUGGGCUUCUUCGGGACCGGAGAAUGCUUCGUGUUCAGGCUGCAGCCGGAGGUGCAGCGCUACGAGUGGGUGGUCAUCAGGCACCCGGAGCUGACUAAGCCAACGUCCCUCGUGUCCUCGGAGACUACUGCCACUCCCGCCAUGCUCAGCCACUCCGUCUCCUCAGACCCCACUGACCGCCUCUCGCCGUUCCUGGCCACUCGGCACUUCAACCUGCCCUCCAAGACCGAGUCCAUGUUCAUGGCGGGGGGUGCCGACUGCCUCAUCAUCGGGGGAGGUGGUGGCCAGGCGCUUUACAUCGACGGGGACCUGAACCGGGGCCGCACGGGCCACUGUGACACCUUCAACAACCAGCCCCUCUGCUCUGAGAACUUCCUCAUUGCUGCCAUCGAGGCCUGGGGCUUCCAAGACCCUGACACUCAAUGACAGGCCUGCGCCAACGGGCCCGAAGCUCUUGCUGGCCUGGCUGCAGGUUCACGUCUGGGAGGGGCUCUCUGUGAACGACCAAAACUAGCCUGAUGCACCCCCAAGGGUCUGCGCAGAGAAGCCAGGACCCGCUGGGGCUUCCCAGCCUCCUCCUCUCCAGCCCGACGGCUUCCCUGAGCCCCCUGCAGCCUCUGCGGCUGCCCGGUUUCACCUCCAUCACUGCAGUGACCGGGGCCCGGCUCCGGUCCACACCCCUCAGCGUGGCCAGCUGCCUCAGCCACUGCCCCCCUCUUCGCCAGGCCCUGCACCCUCCCCGGGGCCCCGCCUGGUGCACAUUCUCCCUGUGCCCCUGUCGUGGCGCUGUGGCUGGCCACAGGCCAGAGCUUUCCGCCUCUCUCUCCCCUGCAGCCACGGGGCCCUGGGCCCUUGCCCUGCCGCCUGAGCCCGCGCAGGCCACGGUGCACAGAAGGUGCCAGGGGGUACUUGCCGCCCAGCACUGCAGGGAGCAGCCCCACCCCAUGACUUCCCUCCUGCCUUGUGACCUCCUUCAGCUGGUCCUGAGGGCACCAUGGAGGGAAGAGGGGAGAAGCAGAGGCCUGGGGGCUGUGCCAGCGCUAUGGAGGCCUGGGUCACCGGUGCAGAUCCCAGGGGUCCUGCCCUGCCGUGUCCCCACAUGGCUCCAGCCAGCACCAUUUGGGUAGCCCAUGCCCAUCUCCUCUCUUUGCUUGCUCUUCCUGUGGGGGGGGUGGUCAUCCUCCUCUGCUCAUCCGUUUGUGUCACCUCUGAACGGGGCCACAGUGGUGCAGGAGGAAGGACCAGGAACUCCGUGUGGCUUUGGGCAAGCUGGUAAGCCUGUCUAGAACUCAGUUUGCCCAACUGUGAAAUGGGCCUGUCAUUCUGCCCUGCUGUCCUCAAGGGGACAGGGCUGGGAGGGGGUGUCCCCGCUCACCCCCACUGACAGAGGCAGCCCUCCUCCCACCCCGUAGCCCUGGUCUGUACCACCAUCUUAGGUGUUUAUUAAACACAGUCUUGUCGCAUUGACUCCAGGGGUCCAAGUCUGGUCUCUUCAGCCAGAGGGGUCCCCAGGGGCUUCCCCAGGGCCUGCAGCCAAAUGGGGCCAGGGGGCUGCACCUGCAGUGCUCGUCCUCGUCCUCGCUUUGUCACCGGGACGCCACACGCAGCCUUCCCCAAUGCAGCCUGGC